CAUCAUAAUCUCAGUAUAUCAAACCAAUAUGAACAUCCUUUGACAAUCUUUGCUAGUAGUGCAGAAUUGGAGAUACCUGAAGCUUCGAUCUUUACUUAGUAAUUCACACUCCUCUCGAGCGGGAAUCAAAGAUUCAGCCUUUUCUCUUUCUCGCUCCACUCUGCUUUUGUAGACAUGGCGACAACGGAAGAAGCGGAGAACCCAACAGCAGCAGGGAAGAAGGAGACUGUUAAUGAAGAAGGAGAAGAUGAUGAGCACGAUGCCAAAGAGAGGGUCCUGCAGAGAUACUUUUUACAAGAAUGGAAACUUGUCAAGUCCCUCCUCGACGACAUCGUCUCCCAUGGCCGCGUCUCCAACUCCUCUUCUGUACAAAAGAUCCGAUCCAUUAUGGACAAGUAUCAGGAACAGGGUCAAUUACUAGAGCCAUACCUGGAGAGCAUAGUUUCUCCUCUGAUGUUCAUUAUUCGUUCUAAAACAAUUGAGCUUGGUGUAGCUUCAUAUGAAAUUAUCAAAGUAAUCAAGCCUAUAUGCAUUAUUAUUUAUGCUAUGGUUACAGUUUGUGGAUACAAGGCAGUCAUCAAGUUCUUCCCGCAUCAAGUUUCUGACUUAGAACUAGCGGUAUCUCUCUUGGAAAAGUGCCAUGGCACAGCUUCUGCUACGUCAUUGCGGCAGGAAAGUACAGGAGAGACGGAGGCAAAAUGCGUGAUACUGUUGUGGCUUUCUAUCCUUGUGUUAGUUCCAUUUGAUAUCUCCUCUAUUGAUACUAGUAUUGCAAAUGAUAAAAAUCUUGGUGCACUUGAGCCUGCUCCUCUGGUAUUAAAGAUAGUAAAAUUCUGUAAAGAUUACCUUUCAAAUGCGGGUCCCAUGCGCACUAUAUCUGGAUUACUUCUUUCAAGGCUUUUAACUCGUCCCGAUAUGUCUAUGGCCUUUACCAGUUUUGUUGAGUGGACACAUGAAGUAUUAUCUUCUGGUGUUGAAGAUGCCUUGUCACAUUUCCAAUUACUUGGCGCUGUGGAAGCUCUCGCUGCCAUUUUCAAGUCCAGUGGGCGGAAACAGCUUCUGGAUGUGGUUCCUAGAGUCUCGAAUGAUGCAACAAUGCUGAUCAAGUCUGGUACUGCAGCUAGGAGCCCUUUGCUUCGCAAGUAUCUGAUGAAGUUAACUCAGAGGAUUGGUCUUACUUGUCUACCUCACUGUUCACCAUCCUGGCGUUAUGUGAGCAGGAUCCGCUCACUUGGAGAAAAUGUUCAAUGCAAUGAUGUAUUGACUAUCAGCUCUUCCAAAUCUGAAGAAAGCCCUGAUCUUCUGCCAGAAGAAGAUAUGGAAGUUCCAGAAAUUGUAGAGGAGAUAAUAGAAAUGCUGCUUUCUGGAUUGAGAGACACGGACACUGUUGUGCGUUGGUCUGCUGCAAAAGGUAUAGGCCGAAUGACUUCACGUUUGACAUCUGCCCUUUCAGAUGAGGUAUUGUCAUCUGUGUUAGAGCUGUUUUCACCAGGCGAGGGCGAUGGUUCAUGGCAUGGAGGUUGUUUAGCACUGGCUGAACUAGCUCGCAGAGGAUUGCUCUUACCAACUAGUCUUCCCAAAGUUGUACCCCUCAUUGUAAAGGCACUGCAUUAUGAUGUUCGUAGAGGUCCACAUAGUGUUGGGUCUCAUGUACGUGAUGCUGCUGCUUAUGUUUGUUGGGCAUUUGGUCGUGCAUAUUAUCACACUGAUAUAAGAAACAUGUUGGAACAGCUGGCUCCACACCUGCUAACAGUGGCCUGCUAUGACCGUGAGGUUAACUGCAGAAGGGCAGCCGCUGCAGCUUUUCAGGAGAAUGUUGGAAGACAAGGAAAUUAUCCUCAUGGCAUUGACAUUAUAAAUACUGCAGAUUAUUUUUCACUUUCAUCACGACGGAACUCAUACCUUCAUGUUGCUGUCAACAUUGCUCAGUAUGAAGGGUAUCUUUAUGCUUUUGCAGAUGAAUUGAUGUCUAACAAGACAUGUCACUGGGACAAAGGUUUGAGAGAACUUGCUACUGAGGCCCUUUCUGCUCUUGUCAAAUACGAUCCUGAAUAUUUUGCAAACUCUGUUGUGGAAGAAUUAAUUCCGAGUACCCUCUCAACUGAUUUAUACAUGCGCCACGGCGCAACCUUAGUGGUUGGAGAACUUGUCUUUGCGCUUCACCAAUGUGAUCAUCCUCUUCCCUCUGAAAAACAAAAGCAAGUUGCUGGUGUAGUUCCUGCUAUUCAGAAAGCAAGGCUGUAUCGUGGAAAGGGUGGAGAGAUAAUGCGAGCAGCUGUUUCUCGGUUUAUUGAAUGCAUCUCUCUAUCACGUCUGGCAGUAUCAGAAAAGACAAAGCGAAGCUUGCUUGAUACCCUCAAUGAGAAUAUGAGGCAUCCCAAUUCACACAUACAGAACGCUGCUGUUAGAGCCCUAGAACACUUUUUCCAGGCAUACCUUGUCUCCAGAGAUAAUGCAGGUGCAAGUAAUACAAUAUCAAGGUAUCUGGAACUGCUGACUGAUCAAAAUGUGGUGGUAAGAAGAGGAUCUGCAUUGGCAAUAGGGGUUUUGCCAUUGGAACUUUUGAUUUGUAGGUGGAGGGAUGUGCUUUUGGAACUUUGUCGCUGUUGUGAAAUUGAGGAAAACCCCGAGGAAAGAGAUGCUGAAGCUAGGUUAAAUGCUGUGAAAGGAGUUGUAUCAGUCUGUGAAACAUUAACCAAGGCAAAAGAAUCUUCCAGUAUUGUUUCUGGAGAGGAUGAUGUGUCUUUGUAUCAUCUGAUCAAGAAUGAAGUAAUGAAAAGUUUACUGAAAGCACUUGAUGAUUAUUCUGUUGAUAACAGAGGUGAUGUGGGUUCAUGGGUUCGUGAGGCUGCUAUGAAUGGUCUUGAGAAAUGUACAUACAUACUUUGUGUGAGGGAUUCUGUGGAUUCCAUUAGAAACUCACCCAGAGUUGAAUCUGCAAUGGAGUCGCCUUGUGACACUGCUGAAAAUAGCCACAAGCAGUCUUUUUUUGAUGUAAAUCUUGCUACCGCUGUGGUUGGAGGAAUUGUUAAGCAAGCUGUAGAGAAGAUGGAUAAACUAAGAGAAGCAGCUGCAAAGGUUCUACAAAGGAUCUUGUACAACGAGAAAAUUUAUGUUCCAAGUAUACCUUACAGAGAAAACCUAGAGAAUAUUAUUCCCAAGAAAGCGGAUUUGAAAUGGGGGGUACCCUCAUUUUCUUAUCCACGAUUUGUACAGUUACUUCAGUUUGAUUGUUAUAGUAGAGUUGUCAUGUCAGGGCUAGUUAUUUCAAUUGGUGGAUUGCAAGAGUCCUUAAGGAAGACAUCGAUGUCUGCAUUGCUGAAAUAUCUUCAAGUGGCUGAAAAGGCCAGAGAGCAUAUGUUAUAUACCGACAUCCUUUGGGUUCUCCAGCAGUACAAGAGACGUGACAGGGUCAUCAUACCGACUUUAAAGACAAUUGAGAUUCUUUUCAGCAAAAGGAUACUAUUGGACAUGGAGGAUUACACUCCAACCUUCUGUUAUGGUCUCCUGGGUUCCUUGGCGCUUGAAUUAAGGGGAUCUAAGGACUUCUCGAAGUUAUAUGCAGGCAUUGCAAUACUAGGAUAUAUUGCUUUAGUUUCAGACCCCAUCAACUCCGAGGCCUUCACUCAUCUCCUCAUCUUCUUGGGCCAUCGAUAUCCAAAGAUUCGGAAAGCUGCAGCAGAACAGGUUUACCUUGUGCUCCUGCAAAAUGUAAAUCUCGUUGCAGAGGACAAGACAGAGCAAGCCCUCGAAAUUAUAUCUGAAACUAGCUGGGAAGAAGACCUGGAAGCAGCAAAGCCUCAGAGGUUAGAGUUGUAUGAAAUAGUUGGCCUGGAAAUGGGACAACUCAAUACCUCCAAGAAAAUGCCAAACAAGGAUGCAGAGAAGAGGUCUACAGCCAAUGAUGAACAUUCAUCAUAUUCCUCAUUAGUUGGGUCAACAGGGUUUUGAGUUUUCCAGAUUGAAAGCUCAUUAUCCAAAUUUCAACUCAAUCUUGGUGUUAUGGUUUCUCUUUUCGAGGCCUAUGGAAAAACAGAGCGCAUGGAGCAAUUGGUAGACUAGAGAGUAUCUAUAUAUAUAUAUAUAUAUACUUUGUACUGUGGAGUGAAUGUGCCCUGUAAAAUUUGGAAAUCGCUCUUGAUAUGAGCUUUAUAGAUCAGAUACAUUACUGCAAGUUUGAUUGUUACACAAUGCAUUGUAGAGAAACCA